CACGAGCUACCGCCUCGAAAGGUGGUCGCGAUCGGCAUACCGACUGGUGUACGUUGCAUUUGACGCUCUUUUCACGGUUCGCUUAUAUUUUAAGCGGUGAUACGGUCCUUUUAUCUAGGUUCUCGUGCUCGAUUUAAUGCGCCUAAACAGGGCGUGAAGUCAAACAUCAAGUUUCAUCUUUACGGUCCGAUAAUGGCUUCUAAAAUGAACGUUUCCGUGUUGUUGGUGAUUUUUUUAAUAAAUCUUGUAUACACGCGCGAUAUUGACUAUUGUUUCGCGGACGAAAACGACCCGUACUUGUACGUGGCCACCAAAACUGCCUACCAUUUCGUUCACGCCGGUAAAACUCGGUUUCAAGAUGUACCAAACUGUCAAGCAGAGCAAAUUUGGAUGCUCGCCACUCACGGCACACGUUGCCCAUCGGAAAUGGAAAUCGCUGAUAUGCUCACAUUAACGGAAAUACAGAGCCAGAUAAUUAACAAUCACGAAACACGGAAAAACGGUCACAUAUGCGACAGGGACUUGGAAAACUUGAAAAGAUGGAAGACGGACGCUUACCUUGUAAUGGAAAGGGCGGAAGUUUUGACACCGCAAGGCGUCGAAGAUAUGAAAUUGCUCGCGAGACGAUUGCACAGCCAUUUCCCUCAGCUUCUGCAACAGAGCAGCGAGAACAUAACGCCAGAAAAUUAUGUGUUUAAAACCAUCGAUGGCCGCGACAGCAUGGGAUCGUUCAUGGACGGACUGUUCGGGGACAGAAAUGCAGUAAACGCGGAAGAACUUUCCGCGAACGACACUUUGCUUUCUGCAUAUAAAACAUGCAACACGUGGGGCAACGAGUACAAUAACAUUUCCACCGAAGUCGUGAGCAAAUUUGAGGAACAGCCGCAAUUCCAGAACCUUAUACAGAACGUCAGUCGUCGCCUCGGUUAUCUAUACAAUAUCUCGAAACGUUCAAUCCUAACGAUGUACGACAUUUGUCGUUACGAAAAGGCUUGGGCAGUGUCGAAACUUUCUCCCUGGUGUGCUGUUUUCAGCAAAGAGGAGCUCCGCGUGCUGGAGUAUCGCGAGGAUCUUUACUACUAUUACAAAGCCGGAUAUGGACGCGCAAUCAAUGCGCAGCUAGGAUGUACGCUGUUGCAAGACAUGAUGAAUCACUUUUGGAAAAUGGAAAAGAACACAGAUUCCGUCGAGCCGGAGGGCAUAUUUUACUUCAGCGAUAUUAUAAGUCUGCAGAAUCUCCUGACUACGUUGAACAUAAAUAAAGAUCAUAUGCAACUGACUCCUUUCAAUUACGACGACAUGGCGAAACGUCAAUGGCGGACUUCUUUCAUUUCACCAUUCGCAGCGAAUUUUGUCGCGGUGUUCUACAAAUGCGAUGGCAAUAGUCAACCAAACAAGGUCAUGUUUUACUUGGCCGAGAAGCUGGUCCUGCUCGAUGGAUGCGACGUAGGGCUUUGCGACUGGGAAUAUUUCAAACAAAAGUUCAGUCCAGUUAUUAAUCAAUGCAAUCUCAAUGUUUGCUGGAACGAGAAUAACGUGUCAGCCAUCGUUCCAAAUAUCAUUCUCAUUUUCGUUUUAUGCUUUUCUCUAGUAUUCAUCAGGAAAUAAAAAAAAAGCACACACAUAUCAAUGUUAAAUAUCAUCGGGUAGAAUAUUUCCUGACAUUAAAAAUUGCGCUUCGCGAAUAUUCCGCUGUGCUUUCAAAUCGCCAAAGAUGUAUAUUUAAUGUCUUUACUUUCCUAUUUUACUGCUGUAUACGUAAUUUAUAAACAUUUAUCGUUGUCUAUCGUCAUCCUCAUUUGUUUAUAUUCCACGGAUACGUACGCGGAUAAGUUGUAUAUUAUUUAUGCCAUCCUUCUUUUUAAUAACGUCCGUCCGACUCAUAGUGGUUGCACAACUACACGCAGAACACAACUUUUGCUAUCACACUAUCUUACAUGAAAUUUAAAAGCUUUCACCGUUUACGAUACGAUUUAAUGUAAAGUUCCGAAUAUUAAGCUUCUCUCCUUUUGUAACGUCGUAUAUUUUGUUCGUUUAUAUGUAACGUGAUGUUUCAUUCUUGAAUAAAAUAUUAUAAGAAACAAACGAUUACUUAAAUAAA